GAUGAAUGCUAGCUCUCGCCGCACGCGAACAGUCACCAAUUUUCAACAAAGCCCGUACUGACACCGAUGAACGCAAGAUCGUCACCAAUUCUAUUCCGCACAUGAAUUGCGCGCGAUGGCAACCAUGGCAGGGCACGGUGUUGAAGCUGUUGAUGAAUUUGGAAGCCUGAUGGAGGAGAUGCUGGACAAAGCGCAAGAGGUCAAGCAGACGGAUACGGUGGAUCCUCCAUUGAACAAAUCCGAUCUGGCAGACUCAUUCGAGGAAAUUCUGUCUAUCUUCUCUCCUACGACCUCUGCCGAUUUCAAGAAGCAUGUCAUCGAGACUGCUAUCCGACCCAUAUUCUACAACCUACUGGCCACUACAUCUAUCGAUUCGCCCUCUUUCGUGAGACUGUGGAACCUGUUCGACAUAAUAUCGAUCCUCUCCGAUGAUGAACAUACUGAGUCUGGUCUCCUGUUCUGGCUUGUGGAAGAGCUCCUGGAUAGCCAGACAAUUGCAGGAUGCCGAAAAAUAUUCGAUUUUCUAGAGUCAAGAAGAGAACGAAUUACCGCCAAGCAUUUUCAGUCGAAGAAUUUGGUCAUUCUUAGAAGCUGCAACGAACUUCUGCGACGACUUUCUCGCGCCGAAGAUACAGCUUUCUGUGGGAGAGUUUUUAUCUUUCUAUUCCAAAGCUUCCCCCUUGGAGAUAGAAGUUCCGUCAACCUUCGUGGCGAAUACCACACGGAAAAUGUUACGGCCUUCGAGCAACUACCUCCCAAGGAGGCGGCCACGAUGGAAGUAGACUCCGAUACCAGCUUGAAGCCCCCUGCGCCAGUUGCGAAGAUCGCGAAUGGAGCUUCUAAGAAAUCAUCCGAGGAUUUUACUACCGGUGCCAAGGGAGUCACGUUUCAGAAAGUUGAGAAACCCAUGGCCUCUGAUGAGCUAUAUCCUAUCUUCUGGGCUCUCCAACAGAAUUUCAGCCAACCAAAGAGAUUAUUUGACUCCAAACAUCCUGAGAACUUUGCAGAUUUCAAAUCUGGACUCGAGGCUACAAUGGCUGUGUUCAAGUCUGUUCAAGCGGAGAAUUCUGGACGUCCCUCCAAAGUUAUUGACGAAAGUAAAAGGGGUACAAAGAGGAAGCGAGGGUUGGGAGAUGAUGACUUGGCUAAUGCUUUCAACCCGAAAUAUCUGACAAGCCCAGAUCUGUUUGAAUUAGAGAUCAGUGAUUUGUCUUUUCGGAGACAUAUAUUAGUGCAAGUUCUCAUUAUCAUGGAAUUUCUCUUGUCCCUCAGCGCCAGAGCAAAGGCCAAAUUGGCUAGAGCCUCGCUACCUGAUAACGCAAACAAGUCUGUCAUGUAUGCUGAUUGGACCUUAAGUGAAGACGAUACGAAAUGGGCUAUUGAGACAAAGUCAUCUGUUGCAGACUAUCUGAAGCAGGGUUACGAAGGUCCAUUCUAUCACCGUAUGAUCGAAACUGUUCUCUCAAGAGACAAGAACUGGGCUCGUUGGAAAGUGGAAAAUUGCCCUUCGAUUGCUCGGCCUGCUAUCGCGCCCGAUGAUUACGCUAGCGCAAAAGCCUCAGCCCGGAGAACUACCAACAAGAGGGUGAAACUAAACUCCCUUGGUUCACUAGAUUUGAAGUUCCUUCGAGAAAGUGAUAAUCGCAGCAACAUUGACAGGUUAAAAGACAGCUCCAGAUACGCUGUCCCUUCAGUAAAGACAUACGAGGCCGGCAUCUUGGACGACGACUUCGACAUCGACCGCGCCCAAGGUGAAGAAGCGAAACAGGCUCCAAUCGAAGCUAAAGCUAGUAAGAGUUGGCGUGCUUUGCGAAUCGCGACUGGAAGCAAACUUGUGGCUUUCGACAAGAUCGAGAGCUCAGAGAAGAUCGACGACAUCUUCAAAGACGACCCGAAGCCCGAAGAGCCUGUCAUCAACAACGAAGAAGAAUCAGAAGCCAUGGAUACCAAUAUUGCCCCGACAGAUCGACGACCAAUCAUCAUCUCUGGUCCCAGCGGUGUAGGAAAAGGUACAAUGGUGAACAUGCUCAUGGAUAAGCAUCCCAAAGCCUUCGGCAAGAAAGCCUCUCACACUAUCAGAGCACCUCGAGAAGGAGAAGUGCAUGGUCAACAUUACUACUUCAUCACCAAGGAGGAAUUCGAUAUCAUGCGUGAUGGUGACCAGUUCUUGGAGUACAACAACUUCAACGGCAAUGACUACGGCACAAGCCGAAAGGUGGUGGAGGCUAUUAUUGCUCAAGGCAAGGUACCUGUUCUGGAGAUGGAUUACCACGGAAUUCAACAACUCAAAGAUCAAGGAUACGCCUCUCGAUUCAUCUUCCUUGCUCCACCUGAUAUACCUACGCUCGAAGAACGCCUUAAGCGCCGUGGAUUAGACGAUUCCGAGAAGAUCAAGCAGAGACUCGAGAUUGCUCUCAAGGAGAUUGAGCAAUCCCAAGUUGAGGGUUUCCAGGAUAAGAUCAUCAUCAAUGACGAUAUUGGAGCGACCUAUAAGGCGCUAGAGGACUACAUCUUCGGUCAUGAAGGUAGCGAUCAAGUUGCCACAGUCGAAGAAGUAACCAGUAUCGAAGAUAAUGGUGAGAAUGGUCAUUCUGCUCCAGCCGUCACUGAGAUCGUGACCGAGGAUGCUGCUGAAUAAGGAGCACAUAUGGGACCUUGAAUUUACCUAUACCUGUACAAUAUGCGGCGUUUUCGGAUGCAUCAAGAUCGAUCUUGCAUAGCGAGGAUAUGGGAACUAAAAAUGCUAUGACAUGGCGUUCAUGAAUGCAAGAUACCAUCUACGGCUUUCUCCU